UGAGCGCCGUCCCGGCCCGGCGUCGGCAUGGUGCCGGUGCUCCCGGGCCUGUAUCUGAGCGGCGCCGAUCUUGGCCAGCCAGAGCGCGCCGGGGAUGUCGCCGCCGCCACCGCGCUGCUGCUCGUGGACUCGGAGCCGCCCGCCGCCGCCGCGGGCCCGGAGGCGCUGCUGCACAUCCCGGUGCUGGAUCAGCCCCAGAGCGACCUGCUGAGCCACCUGGACGCCUGCGCCGCCUUCAUCAGCCGCGCUCGGGAGCGGGGAGGAAGCGUCCUGGUGCGAUGUCAAGCUGGUGUCAGCCGAAGUGUUGCGGUUGUGACAGCCUAUUUAAUGAAAACCAACAAGUGGCCUUUUGAAGAGGCCUAUGCCUUUGUCCAGACCAUCAAAACUGAUGCCAAAAUGAAUGAAGGCUUUGAGUGGCAACUGAAACUCUAUGAAAAAUUGGGAUAUGAAGUGGAUGUAACCAGUGCUAUUUACAAGCAGUAUCGUUUGCAAAAGGUGACAGAGAAAUACCCUGAGCUACAGAACCUGCCACGUGAAGUUUUUGCAGUUGAUCCAGAUAGUGUACAUCAGACUUCAAAUCAUGAACUGCUUUACAGGUGCAGGAAGUGCAGACGUCUGCUCUUCCGAAGUUCGAGCAUUUUGUCUCAUGAUGAAGGCAAAGGACCUGCAGCUUUUGCUCAUAAGAAGCUUUCAAAACCUACCCCUGUGCGCUCUGAUGGCCGAUCCAGUUGUACUUCUUACUUCAUCGAGCCUGUACAGUGGAUGGAGCCAAUGUUGUUAGGUGUGAUGGAAGGACAGCUUCUGUGCCCAAAGUGCGCAUCAAAACUGGGCUCCUUUCAUUGGCAGGGUGAGCAGUGUUCAUGUGGCCAUUGGGUGACCCCUGCCUUCCAGAUUCACAAGAGUCGUGUGGAUGAAGUGAAAGUGCUGCCCAUUGGGGACCUACAGAUGCUGAGAAAAUGAUCUCGGUUUGUAUCUGUGUGGCCUAAUCUAGAAGAGGCAAAGAUCCUGAGGACUCAUGCAAUGGCUCAAGAGACAAUGGCUCCUUUCAGAGUUUUCCCCACAGCCUUACAGGGAAGGACAAGCCAUUUAUGCGUCCUCAGCUCCAUACUGGAGCAUUUCCUUGGACUGUUUAGUAUUACAACAUCUUAAGGACUGAAACUGGGUAAUAAAAGAUACAUGUGAUCAUA